AUGUAUAACCGCCCGCCAUACGAUCCUCGCUACGGCAGUUAUCCGCAGGGACAGUCUCCUUACGCUCCUCAUGGCUAUCCCCCUUCCGCCCCAUUUUCACACUCUGCAUCACCCGCUCACGGUUUCUCUCAGCAACCGCCAUAUGCAUACCAGCAGCCUCCACCCGCUCAGCCCGGCGGGCCUCAAUAUCCGUCACAAGCAGGCAAGCAAUAUGCGAGCUCGCCCAACCCCUCCGCAUACUCAUCACGAGAUCCGUUUCCUAGACCUCCGCAACGUGGCGCGCCAGGUACGAGAGGAGGCCGAGCCCACUUUGCUAACCUUUCCUGGACACCCGGAGAUGGAGUAAAGGGUGGCCACCUGGUCCAGCCUGGCGAGAAGACCAAGGACGGAUCCACUGGACCUGCCGCGGCCCAGCCAAAAUCUGUAGUCACAUUGCCCGAUCCAGAGGAUGACGACAACCCUUUCAGACCUCCGGCGGACCUUCGCGCAGAGGACGAGAGUGCGAGAAAAAAGCGUAAAACUGACAUUACUCCCAGCCAAGCAAAUCCAAGCGCUCCAAAGACUGCCGAUGAAAUGACAGCCCAGGCGGAGCGCGACAAGAAUAAGAUCAGCUUCUCUAUCAAGGGACGCGCCACCAUGGUUGCCGCAGACAGAACUCCAGUCAUAUCCAAAUCAGAGACCUCGCCUCUUCUCUCAAAGAGAAUGCCCUCCACGAUAUCUCCUCUUGUGCAAGGUCACGUGCCAAAGAGCUCGAAUUAUGUUGGCAACACCCGAGUCGGCCAGCUGCCUCGUAGACCCUCGCCACCUCCAGCGUUUCGCACCGAGAUGGUUCGGAAAAAGCGACUCAAGCCUCGCCCAGAGUUGACCGAAGACUUUGCAAACUCUGACAGCGUGUACUAUCGCAAGACUGGCAAUGAAUCGGUGGUGGGAAGCGGCACGUACGGAAAGGUUUACAAGGCCAUUCACGUCUACACUGGCGGCAUGGUGGCGUUGAAGAAAAUCCGCAUGGAGGGAGAACGUGAUGGUUUUCCGGUCACCGCUAUCCGCGAGAUCAAGCUGUUGCAGUCCUUGAACCACGUCAAUGUGGUUGAACUCCUCGAGGUCAUGGUCGAGCGCAACGACUGYUUCAUGGUCUUUGAGUACUUGUCCCACGAUCUGACUGGACUGCUCAACCAUCCCUCUUUCGCACUCACUGCAGGGCACAAAAAACAUCUUGCCAAGCAGCUGUUCGAGGGUCUCGACUAUCUUCACAAGCGAGGCGUCUUGCACCGCGACAUCAAAGCCGCCAACAUUUUGGUGUCCAAUACUGGCGAGCUCAAACUCGCCGAUUUUGGAUUGGCGCGGUUCUAUCAGAAGCGACAAAAGCAAGACUACACCAACCGAGUCAUCACCAUUUGGUACCGGAGCCCCGAGCUGCUACUUGGCGAGACACAGUACGGACCUGCUGUGGAUAUCUGGAGUGCAGCAUGCGUACUGGUGGAGAUCUUCACUCGACACGCCAUCUUCCCCGGUGAUGGUGGAGAAAUCAACCAGCUCGACAAGAUCUACAACGUCCUUGGAACACCGACGCGCAGUGAGUGGCCUGGUAUUACUGAGCUGCAGUGGUUCGAGCUUCUGCGCCCGGAAAAGCGGUUAUCCUCAACCUUCUCAGAGAAGUAUCGCGAACGAGUGUCACCUGAAGCGUUUGAGCUUCUGCAGGCAAUGUUUCAAUAUGAUCCCGACAAUCGACCAACAGCUUCGGACGUCCUGGAGCAUCCUUACUUCACAACCGAGGAGCCCAAGCCUGCCCAGGUCGUGGAGCUCGCAAGCCUGGAGGGCGACUGGCACGAAUUUGAGUCGAAGGCUCUCAGAAAGGAAAAGGAAAAGCAGGACCGUGAUGCUCGACGAAAGGAUCGGGAGGCUCGCGAGGGCGAGAAGCGCAAGGCUGAGGAUGUCGUCAUGGGAGACGCCAAAAAGCCCAAGAUUGAUGUCGAGGGUUAG